AAGCAUAUUUUUGCCUUUUUUGUUCAGGCCAUACCAGGUCAGCCGGAGUUUGUGAUGGAAAUGAUUGCGCAGGUGCACUUGUUAGAAGGCCAGGAAAUAUUUGUCUAAUGUAAUGGGUCCAUUCAGUCUCAGAAAAGCCGCUGAGUGGGCAUGUGGAAAGAAAAAAGUCUAAAAAGCGCCGGGUUGGAAAGUGAGCUCCACUUUUUGUCCGCUCUCUCAACCCAAAAAAUGACAAGCAACGGACCUGUCAUCGUGUACGAGUGGCUCAAAACCCUGCAGCUGGCCCAGUACGUGGAAGCCUUCGUGGAUAAUGGCUACGACGACCUGGAGGUGUGCAAGCAGAUCGGCGACCCGGACCUGGACGCCAUCGGGGUGUACGUCGCGCACCACCGUCACAGGAUCCACGAAGCGGUGCGGCGGCUGAAGGAGGAAGCCAAGGAGGCGGCGAGCGGGCUGUACUUCACCCUGGAGCCCAUGCCGCCCUCCGCGGAUGUGUACACCGGCCACAUGGUGGACCAGUACGAGUCCAAGCUGCGCGCGUCCAAGUCGUGGACCGAACCGGCGCGCGGCGUGGGCUAUAUGGACGCGCACAGGAACCUGACCCUGGGUAACAACAGGAGGGAGCUGGUCAUCUACCCCAAGCUCAAACUCAAGAUCAUGAUCCGGGAUAAACUCAUCAGGGACGGCAUCAAUCUGGCCAGGACGCCCUACUCCAAUAAGGAUGGUUCACUGGGCAACAUAGAUGACCUCGCUCAGGAGUACUCCGAAUACUACAACACCUGCUUCAGCGACGUCAGUGAUCGUAUGGAGGAGCUCCGCAAAAGAAGAGUGUCCCAAGAGCUUGAAAUGGAGAAACAGGAUCCAAACAAUAUCUCUUUACAGCUUCGCACUGAGAUUCAGGAGUCCCUGGGAUUCAGCAGUGAAGUCUCAACUCCAGAAACGGACAGAAAGACCUCCUUGCACAAGUCAAGUUCUGAAGAUGGAUCUGGAGGCAAGUGGGAUAACAAGAAGAAAAACAAGUCUUUCUGGCAGAAUUUCCGCAAAUCCCAACACAAGCCGGUUGUGCGUCAGCCAUCCAAAGGUGAAGACAUUGGUUACGUGGCCAGUGAGAUUACUAUGAGCGACGAGGAGCGAAUCCAGCUGAUGAUGAUGGUGAAAGAGAAGAUGAUCACCGUGGAAGAAGCACUAGCUCGGCUGAAGGAGUAUGAGCGCAGCAGACAGUCCGGCAGUACUGACACUGCAGAGUGGACUGACGGACCUGCAGCCAGUCCAAACCAGUCCUCAAACUGCAACCAAUCUCGCGAGCAGUCCGACGACGAGCAAUUGGAGGAUUCGGUGAAGUUUAAACGGCUGCACAAGCUGGUUAAUUCCACCAGGCGUGUUAGGAAGAAGCUCAUUAAGGUGGAAGAGGGAAAGAAGCAUGGAUCUCAAGAUUUCCUAAAUGUAGAGUGUGUGCCCACCUGUGACGACAACAAAGCGUUGUACACGGGGGUCCUGAAGAAGCACUCGUUGCCUCAGGAGUCCUCCCUCAGCCAAGAUCAACUCUCCGUGGACGGAGACACCGACAGCCUGACCACCUCCCCUUCCUCCAGUAGCUUGGACACCUGGUCCGGACACCGUUUGGUGAAGACCUUCAACAAGUCUUCAAGUACCCACGGCCUCAUCCGCCCGCCGAGGAGAACCCCGGUGGGCUCGGUCCCCGGCGUCGGCGGUAGCGGCUCCUCAUUCUCGGAGUUGGAUGGCUGCGGCUUGGACGAGGAAGGGAAGUUGUCGCGUUCCACAACCGACGGCGAGAUGCGGAAGGCCCUGAGCUCCAUCUCCCACGGGGUAAGUAACAACGAGGCCCUGUACGCCUUUUACGGGCUCACCAAACCCCGCCCCAAAGCGCAGUCCCAACGCCUCAUCCCCCUGGACGAUGACCUCUCUCAAGGCAGCCCCAAAUAUCACACUGCGAGCCGACACUACGGCAACUGGACGCACAGAAAGCCCGACCCCAACUACUCGUACUCCACAAAACACCUUCUGUACCAGCGUUCGCGCAACACCAAGACCCCGUCUUCCCCCCUGUGUGUCACUCCGUCCUCCCCCUCCCGCGGCGACUUAGCCAAAUCGAAAUGUUUCGGCGCGGGAGGGGGUUGGGUGUUCCCCUCCCGCCGGCUGCGGGGUCGGAGCGCAGUCAGUGAGCUGAACAUCACCUACGUGGUAGAGCGGAGCCUGUACGGUCACCUCAACUGGGCUCAGCUGGUCCGCCCGGUCACCCUCAGCCGAGCUGAGCGGCGCUGUCUGUUGGAGGAGGACCGCGAGGCGGACAGGAAGUGGGCGGCCAGCGUGGACCGCUGCACCAAGCGGGUGCUCUUACGCAUCCAGCAGAAGUCUAGAACGUGCAGCUUUGGUGGUUUUGACCUGUCCAACCGAUCCCUCCAUGUUCUCAACACGGGCUCGGACACAAAUAAUAAAGAACAGGAGGCCAUAUUCAGAGAGGUGGUCAAGUCCCCCACGACUUCCCGCAUAUCGCUGGGCAAGAAGGUGAAGUCAGUCAAGGAGACCAUGAGGAAGCGCAUGUCCAAGAAGUACAGCAGCUCUCUGUCUGAACAGUCGAGUCCGGAUGGAACACCUGGUUCUCCGCAGUCCUCUCAGCCUGACAGCGACUCCCUGGAGAAGCCCAAACUCAAAGCAGGAGGCUCAGUGGAAAGUCUCCGUAGUUCACUAAGCGGACAGAGCUCAAUGAGUGGUCAAACCGUGAGCACCACCGACUCCUCAGCCAGCAACAGAGAAAGCGUCAAGUCUGAGGACGGCGAUGAUGAAGAGCCGCCUUAUCGAGGGCCAUUUUGCGGACGGGCAAGGGUACACACAGACUUCACGCCGAGCCCCUACGACUCAGACUCCCUCAAAUUGAAGCGCGGUGACGUGAUUGACAUCAUCAGCAAGCCGCCCAUGGGCACUUGGAUGGGCCUUCUCAACAACAAGGUGGGCACCUUCAAGUUCAUUUACGUGGACGUUCUGAGCGAGGAAGAGGAAAAGCCUAAACGGCCAGUGCGGCGGCGGAGAAAGGGCCGACCACCUAAGCCGACGUCCGUGGAGGAUCUGUUGGAACGCAUUAACCUCAAGGAGCACAUGCCCACAUUCCUGUUCAACGGUUACGAGGACCUGGACACGUUCAAGCUGCUGGAGGAGGAAGACCUGGACGAGCUUAACAUCAAAGACCCUCAACACCGAACGCUGUUGCUGAGAGCUGUGGAGCUCUUGCAGGAAUACGACAGCAGCAGUGACCCGGAGCGCGGCGGCCUGUCAGGCUCCCAGGAGAAGCUGCUUUCCGAAGGCCAGGGAUUGGUCGGCGACUCACCGCGGGACUCCGGAUGCUACGAGAGCAAUGAGAAUUUGGAGAACGGCAAGUGCAAAAAGGCGUCCCACUCCGGUCGCUCUUCCGCUGCCCAAUCACCGGACUACCCCUCCCUCCCUAUGACUCUCUCCAGCGAGGCCUUCCAGCAAAAUGCGAAGAACCAGCGCUCCAUAUUCCCUAAGAGUUUGUUUAGCAAGUCCUCCUUGAAGGGCUUCAACUUAUUGGGGCGUCGCAAAACCCAAAGACGAUCCCCUAUUCCUGCCAGUCGCAGCUGCGAGGAUCUGGACGAACCCUUCCAGCCCGCCGGGUCGUGGAAACGCUCUCACUCCUUGGGAGACCUGCACUGGGAGCAGAGAAAGGAUGACAAUGAGGAGGUUCAAGUUGUUAAAGAACAACCCAGUGUGGGCACGAGUAGCCCAGUUCGAGUCUUAAGAGAGGAGAGUUCACCAGCUCGUACGCAGACUCCACCUGUGAGUCCAAAACCGAGAUUGUACAGACCACCUGUUCCCUCGCAACUGCCCUUGAGACCUCCUUGUCCUACAACCCGAGCCCCAAGUCCUCCAGAGUCCACAGUGACACGGACUCAUGCCAAAAAGCCACCGGUACCCCCGCCGGUUCCCGCUAAGAAGUCCAGAGAAAGACUCGCCAACGGGGUCUGCCAAUCCCCGCUCUCAGUACCCUCUUCGCCAUCUCCCACCCCGUCCCCGACGCACUCGCUCACCCGUUCACACCCGAGCAGUCCCGUGACGCGAAGUGGUACCGGUUCAGCCCCGCCUCUUCCUGCGAAAACGCCGAGCACCCCCAGCAGCCCUCGGAACGCCUCUUCGGCAUCGUCCACCGGGGAAGAGGCGGGCGCGUCGGUGACGCCUCCGUGGCUGUCCGACUUGGGGGGCAAGGUUGCUGUGACGAGGAAGGCGUCCCAUUCUAAGAUGAUUCCUGACUUGCUCACCUUGCUGGAACAAAGACUGGAGGCCGAGGGCAUCGAUCUCACGGAAGAGCCUUACUCUGACAAGCACGGUCGCUGCGGCAUCCCCCAGCCUCUGAUGCAGCGCUACUCUGAAGACCUCCAGCAACCUGUAAAGGAAGUGGCUUCCACCAUGGACCAGCUACGAGUCCGAGAGCUUCGCAAACAACACCGCAUGGCUAUUCCCUCCGGCGGUCUGACGGACAUGUGCCGGCGAUCGGCGUCUUCGUCGAGCAAUGUCGGCACAGUCUCUGACUGGCUGGUGUCCAUCGGCCUGCCAAUGUACGCUUCGGCGCUGGCGGCGGCCGGCGUGGACUCGCUAAGCGGCGUGGCCUCACUGACAGAGAGUGGCGCCUGGGAAGCGGGCGUACGCGACCGCGGGCACGCCCGACGACUGGUCAGCGAGGCCCAGCUAGCGGCCGCGCGCCGGGACGCGUAAAAUUAUCGACUGUCUGCACUCGAGUACUUCCUGUUUGCCAAGACGCUUUUCAGCACUCUUUUCUCAAAUGUUUACGGCAACUUGGAGUCGAUCCCGGAUGCUAAAAGAAUGCCUUUUUUAAAAAGACAAAAAGUCGCUGUGGGGCCGAGGUGCCCCCUAGUGGUUCAACUAAAGACUGCCUUUACGGAAAAUAGCACACCGCCAUUUUGUCGAACGGACGCUUCACAAGUUCUUGGCUUGUGAAAAGUCGCUUUUUAUCAAGGGUACAAAAGGUUAGUGAAAUUUCACACGUUUAACAGUUGGAAAUUCAAUUCAUUCAAAAAGGUCAAAUGAAUUUCACAUCAAAGGACAAUAGCGCUCCGUUUUCGAGGUUUUUUACACCGCCAAAGUGAUUAUCCAUUCCUGCGUGGUCAUUAACUAGUGCUUGAUGACGCAUAACAUGCACCAAUAAUUAGCACCUGGGUCCGUUUAUCUUUCAGCCAUCAGUUUUUUUCUUCUAAUUCCUGGAAAAUGAGCUUAUUUUUGUUAUAUUUGUGAACAAAAAAGGCUGUUUCCUGACUCCUAAACUCCGAAAACUAUCUGUUAUCCGAAAACUAGCUGUUAUCCGUUGUUCCUAUAAGUGUUUAGCACAAGUUUGGAAAGAAAUACAAUCAGUAUUUGUUUUCCUCAAGUUCACAUUGCCGUGACUCAAAAGAUUAAUUUUUUUGCUACUUUAUCCGCUGUUGCAGCGUUGUCUUGCUAACCCCCGAUGCUAAAUACUAAUGUUAGCUAGCGCUACAGUUUCAAGGCCUCCAGAGUGGAGUGGAGUCGUACGCAUUGUUUUAAUUUUGUGGAACAUUUGUUGCCAAUUUUGGGACUUUCUAGCAAAAUCUGGUGACUUCCCAAAGCCUCUUUUUGUUGUCUUUUUGCGGUAAGUUACAAUCAUUUAUUUCCUAUUCUACCGUAUUGUAUUUCUAGCGAUGUUUUUUUCGUCAACGAUGAUAACGAAAAUAUUUUGUCGACGAACAAUUUUUUUUCAUGACGACGUGACGAUGAUAAGCUAAAAAUGCAUAGGCAGAGUUAAAUUUUUGUGGCGGGGGGGCAAAACAUGUUGAUGACCCUGAAACGCAGUGUUUAAAUUUAUUUAUUUAAUAUGCUCGGUUAGUAGUUUUUUUUCAGUCGCUCACACCUUUGCGAAACGAAUCCCCACCAUGUUCAGUUUGAAAAUGGCGGCAAGCAAAAGAGGAGAAUGCAUCCUUUAUGACUGAAUAUUCCAAGCAGGAAAAUUUAUAAUACGGUUAGGUUUUGUGUUGGUUCCCUCCUAGUGUGUUCCUGUGAUUGCCCAUUGAUUUCACCUGUUGUGCCUGCUCCUAGUGUAUCCUCCAACCUGCAUCCUUCUGUGUCACCUACCUGUUCCUCGUUGUCUUGUCUGUGUGUGUAUAUAAACUCCCAGUUUCUUUUCGCUCCUUGUUGCUUAAUUGUCAAUGUCCAUGUGCACGUCCGGAUCUGUUCUUGUCAGUUUUCUCCAAGCCCUCGUGCUCCCCUCAGUAAGUUUUUGAUACCCAGCUUUUUGUUAGUAACCUGAGUUUUGUUUGCUUCGGUGUUUUUGGUAUCUCCACAGUAUUUGUUGGUACUUUUUGUUUGUUUGUUUUAUGCUUGCCUUGAUUAAAUAAUUUUUGCACUGCCGGUUUGCGUCACCUCUUUUCCUGCAAUUGGGUCCAAACCAACCCCCCACCGGCAUUACUUGACAAAUACGUUGAAAAUAAACAUUAUUUGUUUUAUCCAUUAUUUUUUAGGGAAAUUCUUAACCAGGCAGCUUAGGACAGCUAUGCUUUUGGCCAAGAUUGGGGUCCAUUGAAUAUGGUACGCCCAGUGCUGGUUCUGUUGUACAAUUAGUCUUUAGUGGGGGAAACUGAAACCCCGCUUACCAUUUUAGCGGUGCUCUCCGGCGUUUCAUGAUCCUCAUCUUCAAUCUUUGGUUCUCACUCAGUAGUUGUCGCUUUUGAAAGCUUAGGUUGGAAAAAAUUACAUCAUUAUCCAUCUUACCUCUUCUGUCCUCAGGUAGUUUUGGCUAAGUAAAAUGACCGUUUUUAAGGUGCUAGUCACAUGAUCUUUUCGAAAAAUUAUUUUGAACCACUAUAAAAAAAAUGUUAAUUUCAUUCAUUGUUGUUUUAUUGCUUUACAACUUUUAUUGACAACAUUUCACCGGCAAAGUCUUAAUUUUAUAUUCAUAAACACUAUAGAAAACUCAAUUACAAUGGAAUGACAUAUUUCCCCGCCCUUAAUCUCCGCGUAUGUAAAAAUGCGGCUAGGGAGACUAGAACAUAACAAGACCAAUGCCAGUUUUCGUCUUGAAGAGAUGACUAUGAGAAGAAAAUGCCACAGUUUCUGUCAUAUGUUCACAAUGGGUGACAUUUUCAUAUUGUACGUGGAGUACAUCAGCUUGCAUCGUGGCAGUGUUGGGUCAUGUCACUCAUGUGAGGUGUGCUGCGCCUCUCCCUCCUCACUGGAGUUUAGGAUGUGUCUCAAGCUAGGUUGCACGCCAUCUUGCUUGUUUGUAAACAUGGUAAGUUUGUUUUCUUAUCUUGGCAAGAGAGAAUAUGCAAUGUUGGUUUAGCCUUUAAAGGUCUGCUGAGUGAUCAUCAGACGCUAAAUGUAAGUCAUAGUGUUAGCGUAGCAUUUGCCUUAGCAUUAGCUUCAGAAUGGCGUGCGUCCUCUUAAAAACACUUGCCAGUCGAAAGCAGAGCCACUUGGCCUUUCUGGUCAGUAAGUCUAGAUGAUGUUAAACACUAAGACUGUUUUUAAUUUUUUUUUUUUUUUUUUUUUACUUACAGUUCUUGGCUUCUAGGUAGGUUUAAUUGAAAAUAAUGUACUGCUUUUCCUACUGAGUGUGUGUUGUCCUUGUAGACGCUACAAUAUUUAUUUUAUUUUUGGACUAAAACUUUUUAAUUUUACAGAUGAAAAAAUUUUGUGUUACAUGACUAAAACUGAACGAAAUCAGAGAUUUUGCCAACUAAAACUAGAUGAAGACGAACACAUUUUUAAAUGACUAAAAUAUGACAAAGACUCAUAAGUAUUUUCGUCCAAAAGACUAAGACAAAAAUUAAAAGGGCUGGCAAAAACGGCACUGAUUUUUGGGCCAUUUAAUUUAGCAAUGUUAAAAAAUAAAAAUAAAAAGGUUAGAAUUAGUCAUGUGGCGGUAUGAGAUUGUCGGUAUGAUAACCUUAUGCCAAUAUAUCAUGGUAUUGCAAUUGCAGCUCUAAAAUGUCUUAGUUUGAGAUAUCUGGGUUUAAAAAAAAAAAAAAAAAAAACUAGGGCUGUCAAACGAUUAAAAUUUUUAAUCAAGUUAAUUACAGCUUAAAAAUUAAUCCUAAUUAAUCGCAAUUAAUCGCAAUUCAAACCAUCUAUAAAAUAUGCCAUAUUUUUCUGUAAAUUAUAUAUAAAUUCUGUAAAAUAAAUUGUUGGAAUGGAAAGAUAAGACACAAGAUGGAUAUAUACAUUCAACAUACGGUACAUAAGGACUGUAGUGGGCAUUUCACUCUACCGUCAUUUAAAUCUGUCUAUGCUGUCCUCAAUCCGAAGCGUCUACUUUUUCCAAAGCUAGACAGCUAGUGAACGGCGCCUUAAUAAUUAGACUUCAUCCUUUUUCAUCUGAUUUAUUAAUAAAAUGGCCUCAAACCAUUGUCCUCUUUAGACCGUCGUAAAGCUACAAAAUAAAAGUGCACAAGCGUUGCAUUAGCAACAACGUUAGCUUAGCACGCUAUACAGGUUCACUAAACAUAAACAAAAAGCGUCUCAUACAAAAAAUAUAACAUUUCGCUUACUAACAUAAUAUGUACAUUCUUUACAACAACCAUACUUACGGACAAAUCUUGUCCAAGGAUCAUAUAAGCACAUUAUCAGCCCGAGACGUCGUGCAGCCAUAAUGAACUGGCAAGAAAACAAUAAACCAUGUCGCAAAGCGACCACAAGAGUUCGCUGUUGGACAGUACAAAAAGCCUUGCUGUAAAACUUACCAAAAGGCAGAAUACUUUCUGAGCGGGACAUGUGCGUUAAUUGCGUCAAAUAUUUUAACGUGAUUAAUUAAAAAAAUUAAUUACAGCGCGUUAACGCGAUAAUUUUGACAGCCCUAAAAAAAACUUUUCAAUUGAACAGGAUUUUUAUUUUUCAAGACAUAUUGGCAAAUUGUAAUGUAAGUAUGAUAAGUUAAAUAAAAACAAAUCACUCAAGUAUUCUAAAUAAAAAAAUAAUAAAUGCAGUCCUUUAGGUGAGGCUAAUUGAAUUAUUUUCAUAAAAAGCACUCGUAUCAUGUUUACAUUAUACGCGCACUCUUUCAACACAAUUGCAAGAGAGAGAAAAAACACGUUUCACCACCUCUAGACACACUAAACACACUGGAGCUAACUCUAGUAGCUGGUGGGAAACGCUCAUGACUGUUGACAAACCUUUAAAUCAAAUCAAAAUCAAAUCAAAUUUAUUUAUAUAGCCCUUUACAAAACCCGAAAGGUCCCCAAAGUGCUUUAAUUUUGUUUAAAAGCAAAAUCAUACUGGAGGUAUUGCCUCCUCGGCAGCCACCCUCUGCAAACAUGUUUUACAUAUCGGUUGCCCCUGCUCCUCUAAGCCGCGGCCGUCUGUAACUUUUCUGUAGCUGAAGUAUUCCCAUACAAGCGAUUUCGUUUUCUUCGAUGGGGGAAAAAGUUCAGGAAUUUCACCUUCUCCAGCCAUCGUGUAGCACAGCUGGCUCACUGACACUGAGCAACAACCGGUGGGGUAGGGUUGAACCUUGCAGCUGCAAGCGAGGGAUUUAUCCCUGCAUUUUUGGGACAUAAAAAAAUAGCUAAUACCGUAGGGACGGUAUGACGGAAAAUGUUUGCGGUUUUGAAACGGUGAUGUUUUCGUACCACGGUAUACUGUACCUUGAAACUGAUAAUCAACACAUGUCUAGUUAGAGACGACUUCUAGGACAGCCAAUAGCUACUUUCCUUUCUGGGGAGUUGUCAACACUGCAUUUAACUCUAGCGUUAUUUUUCACUAGGUUUUUUUUUUUCGAACUGCAGAAUAAGAAGCAACAGAAGAAGGUAUUCCGGGUCACGACACGUGACUUUCGGAAAACAAAUAAUAGUCGUAGGAUUAUUUAAUUUCCCCAACUUGUGUUACCAAACUUAUAAUGGCUACAUCAAGGCUCAUUUUUUUGUUUGUCUGAAAUUGAAAAAAAAAAAAUGGCCCAAAGGUAAACGGACCUACAUGGCUUUUUUUUCAUCCUGUAUUUCUGUAUUAUAGCUUCAUUUUGAUGGCGUGUCUUCUAAAGGUUCCUGUUGGGUCGAUACCAGUCAGCAUAUCCGACACAUUCAAGCACGUUUUUUUUUUUUUAAUUGUUUGUGUUUUACUAUAUUGCCUAAGCCUUACGAGUGAGUAGUGUUGAUAAUAGAGUAAAUGCAAGGCAAGGCCUUUUCUUCCCCGAAAACACAAGUUUUUUUCAAUAAUGCAGAGUUGAUUUGUUAUACUGACAAAAACGCGUUGUAAGAUCUUAGUAAGAAUAUCCAAAGAGACACAACUGGUAUUACAAAUAAAGCAGUAUUUUAGAGACAGUGCAACCUCUAAAAUCAAUCAUAUUCAGUCGAAUUAUAAUUCAUUUAUGGUCAAACGUUUACAAAACAGACCCCUGAAUAUUAAUUGUACAGCAUUAACGAAUACACUUUAUCGUUAACAAUGUUUUUACAUUGACCAACAGCAACUUUGGCGUAUUUCAACUGUGACAGGCAAUGAAGUAAACAUCUUUCAAUGCCAGUCAUCCAUUUGAGUACUUGGGGUACAUAAGUUUUGGAGGUUCCUCUGUUUAGAAAAAUCUGCUACCAAUAUGAUUUCAACAUUUAUUUCCAGAUUCAUAAAAACGUCAGAUGGAAAGCAAAAAAAAGAAAAAAAUCAGGGAUCAAAUGAGGGCACACUUUUUUUUCUAAAUCUUAUUCCAAGUCAAGUGUUGCUCUGGAACACGUGAGACAAGUAAAAAAAAAGAUACUGACACUGUAAAUGCACUUUAGAGGGUGACUUAAUCUAGUUUUUUUUGCGGUGACUCCUUAUUGAACAGUGUAAGAAACCUUUUUUCCUAAUCACUCCCAAGUUCUUUACGCCAUCUUAAUUACAUAUAUGAAAUGCUAUGCAGGACUUGCACAUUCUAUAUAUGUAAUUAAUAUUUAAGUUAUUUUUUUCCCUAUUUUCCUUUCUAUACGACUGUAAUUAGCUGUACUAUACGAAUAGCAAUACCUUUCUUCCUGCGUGAUGCUUCAGCCAGUGAGGAACUGCAGACAAUUUGUUUUGUAACAUAUGUGUACAAAUGAUUGUUUUAUCUGCUUUACAUCUACUAAAUGAUUGUCCAUACAGAUUUGCUUGUGUAUUGAAAUAAAAAACUCAUGUCCAUAGGUAUUUGUCAUUCACAACUAUAAUAAGAAUAAUAAACAAUUUCUUGCCAUAUCCUGCUGUAUUGAUAUGGUUUCAAAUGCAUUUUUCUUUUUUUCUUUUAUAAAGCUUCACUACUUUUGUUAAUGUUGGCCACCAUUUGGAGUAUUUUUAUGGGUCUGCUACAUUAGUUUGACAUGUUUUGAAAAGUUCCAGUUUUUAAUAUUUGUAAAAUAUCUUAGGUAGAUUAGCAUAUUAUUUUAAUAAGUUAUAUAAACUAACCCUUUCUUGCCAAAUGUAUCACAUUUGAUACUUAGAAUUUCAUGAUUUUGAGACUAGUUCAGAAUUUUGAAAUAUCUUUCCUCAACUC